UGUAGAUGACAACAUGCUCUCACGUGGACGCUCGAUUGUUCGUGAGAUCCGUGGUCGGUUGUGCUGGGACGGCUAUUCAAGUCUUGAUAGGCCUCACUCUUCGAGCCGUGUCUCACACGCGCCCAUUGACCCGCUCAACGGGCGGUGACUUGAGGCCCAGCCAGUGAUCGAGAUUGAUUGGGCUACAUCAUGCCGCAAAACGAGCAUAUCGAGUUGCAUCGGAAGCGUCAUGGUCGUCGUUUGGAUUAUGAGGAGAAAACGCGGAAGAAGGCGGCCCGUGAACCCAAGAAACGGGCGGCCACGGCCAGAAAGCUACGCGGAUUGAAGGCCAAGAUCUACAACAAACGCAGAUUCUCCGAAAAGGUUCAACUCCGCAAAAAGAUCAAAGCCUUCGAGGAAAAGAGCACGGAAACUACCUUGGACCGCCCCGAAGAUGGAGCCUUGCCCGCCUAUCUGCUGGAUCGUCAAGACAAACAGACCGGCAAGGCCAUUGCGGCUCAAGUCAAACAGAAGCAAAAGGACAAAGCUGCCAAAUACAACGUUCCGUUGCCCAAGGUCCGGAUGCAGUCUGAAAAUGAAGUCUUUCGCCCGUUGAAGAGCGGCAAACGCGGCAAGAGCUGGAAACGCAUGGUGACCAAGGUCACGUACGUGCCGGAUGACUUCACGCGUAAGCCUCCCAAAUUCGAGCGCUUCAUUCGACCCACGGGAUUGCGGUUUAAGAAGGCUCACGUGACUCAUCCCGAACUCCGCACCACAUUUUGUCUGCCUAUUAUUGGGGUCAAGCGCAACCCAUCGUCCACCAUGUACACCAGUCUAGGGGUCAUCACCAAGGGUACCAUCAUUGAGGUCAACAUCAGUGAUUUGGGCAUGGUGACGGCGGGCGGCAAGAUCGUGUGGGGCAAGUACGCCCAGGUCACCAACAACCCCGAAAAUGACGGAUGUAUUAAUGCUAUCCUGUUAUUGAGUAAAUAAUUAAAAAAAACGUGCAAAAUUCAGACAGGACAAUAAAACGAAAUAGGAUUAUGGGAAU